AAGUUUAAGUUCACACAGAAAAAUGUCAAAAUUAUUAGUAUUCGAUUUUAUCCAAACCAUCCAUUUACAUCUUAGAAAUAACUUUAAAAUCGUAGUCAAAGCUAGAGACAUUAGUUACUCCGUGGGUACACUCCACAAACAUCACACCAAUUUCUCUCCAGAGCUGGAAAAGACCAUAAAUUCCGAGAUUAAUUUUAGGAAUAUCAGUAACCUUAUAAAGUUUGUCCGACAACAUAGUAAGUGGUACCGAGAUAAUGACUGCAUUAAUCGCCACUAUUUUAACUACAUAUUGCUGGAUCCUCGAGUUACAAAUAAUCUAAGGGAACGGGCUAGUCAUCUUCACCUAAUGGACGUUUGGUAUACCUUUCUAAGAGCGAUAUUCUAUGUAGGCAAAGGCAAGGCCACCCGCCCCUAUGUUCAUUUGAAGAAUGCCCAGAAACUGGUAGAUGAAACCAACAGCCUUACCUUAGUAAAGGACCCCAAACUGGCCUUAAUAGUGUCCAUAUGGAAGGCGAAUCGUGGAGUCUUACUAACCCGCGCUUUUCAGGGAAUCUCGUCAAAAGAUGCGCAAACUCGUGAGGCAUCCAUCAUUGAUGCUCUCGGUAUGAAUCAUUUGACUAACCGGCGAUUGGGUGUUUACUGUGGUCGAGCUCGAAGUUUAUCGAAUAAGGAGAGAAAGUAUCUGGGGAUAGCUCUACUUUACAAAUUGAUGAUGAAGUUUCUGGCAACAGAAGAGAAAGAAAUUUUUCCUCUAAAGAACACCAAAGCUGCUAUGGCAGCCUAAAUCAAUAUAAAAUAUACUUGU